AAGUUUUCUGUCAAAGGUACAUGAAUCUAUCCUGCAAAAAACUUUCUACAAUACCUUAACAUUUCAGCACAAAUCGAACAAUUCUCUCAACUACUUCUAUACUACCUUGUGAAGCCAUUAAUGGCUCAUUUGGUUUUCUUUGUUUUGCUCUUUGCUGGGCAACUGACUGGUGGAUUCAGUACCCAGAAACUGACUCCAUCUGACAAUAGAGAGACGUUAACUGUUCUGAGCAUUGAUGGUGGCGGAAUCAAGGGGAUUAUUCCAGCAACAGUUCUUGAUUACUUAGACAAGGCUCUUAAGGCUAAGGAUCCAAAUGCAGAUUUAGCACAUUAUUUUGAAGUGAUAGGAGGGACUGGCACUGGUGGACUCAUAGCAGCUAUGUUAGCCAGCCCAAGCCCUGAUGAUGCUACUCGUGCUGCCUUUACUCCUGCACAAAUUGUAGACUUCUACAAACAAAAUGGCCCUCAUAUAUUCAAUGAAUCUAGACCUGGAAACGGUCCCAAGUUCGAUGGGGAGUUUUUACAUAACGUAACUCGUGAACUCUUGAAGGAUACUCGACUUAGUCAAACACUUACCAAUGUUGUAAUCCCAGCUUUCGACCUCAAGAGACAAAAGCCAGUCAUAUUCUCAAACUACAAGCUUGAGAAUGUUCCCUACUUAGAUGCCUUGUUGUCAGAUAUAUGCAUAUCGACUUCAGCUACACCCACUCAGCUACCACCUUACUAUUUUCAGAACGAUGGAGUUGAGUUCAAUAUGGUAGAUGGUGGUGUAGCAGCUCAGAAUCCGACACAUGUAACCGUAAGUGAAGUGUUACAACACGCAGAGUAUCCGAAAAUCUUGGUCUUGUCUUUGGGGACUGGACAUACAAAAUAUGUGGAGAGUAACUUUUUUGAUGCUCGCUUGGCUGCCUUUUGGACAGAAGAUAUAUGGGCUGCUAUUGCAACAGAUAUGCAGGGUCGUGCUUCUUCAGCCAUGGCUAAAUACUAUCCUGCUUCACUCUUUUCAAGAUUCCCACCUUCUACGAGUACAUACCUUCGAAUUGAUGAAUACGACUUGAAUCCUGAUUUCUCAAACUCAGUUAAUGUUACAGAAGAAAACUUGGAAGGCCUGGAGAAGACUGGAAAACAACUGUUACAAGAAAAAGUUGUGAAGAUGAAUUUGGACACUUUUAAUAUAGAAGAAGGGGUGGGAACAAAUGCUGAGGCUCUUGACAGGAUUGCUGAUAUUUUGCAUGGAGAAAGACAACGUCGUCUGGAAAGGAAAUCUAUGAAAAAAGGAGGAAGGCCAUUUCUUGAAACUCUUGCUCAAGCAAAUUGGGCAUUCCAAAAGAACAUUUCUUGAAAAAAUAAGGUUCUAUGAAAAAUGUCCUCUUUUUAAUUUAGUAGGUUGGACAAGUUGUUGUUAUUUUUUGGCAGAUCUUAACCUAGAAUCUUGAAAACUUAGACUAAAACAAACUUGGGUUGGUCCAUUUCGUCAUGUUCUUUCUUAAUUACUUACUAAAAUUAAGAGGAUUUUCAUUGUAUCAUUUUAAUGAAAUGGAAAGUUUAUUAAGCUUUAAAUAUAA